AUGGAUACCAUAGUAUGUGGUGAUAUCGGUUACCGUUUCGGUGCUUACAAGGAGUUCAGAGGUGCUUUACAGGCAUUCUUACCGGCAAAUGGCUUCAUGUGGGAGGAAGACAAAGUAAAAUACCUCCAGAAGCGGAUAUGGCGUUACCUAGGUCGAAUGAACGCCAAAGCAUACCUAGAGUAUAACCCCACGAAGCCAACUGUCGUUGCCAUUUCCGGUUCUGAGAAUUCACCCAAUAUACCGCAGUGA